AUGUCUGCACUGUGGCUGCUUCUGGGCCUCCUUGCCCUGAUUGGCUCAUCUGAAAGCAGCAACUGGGGAUGCUAUGGAAACAUCCGGACCCUGGACACUCCUGGAGCAUCUUGCGGAAUUGGAAAACGUCACGGGCUGAACUACUGUGGAGUUCGUGCUUCUGAAAGGCUGGCUGAAAUAGACAUGCCCUACCUGGUGAAAUACCAACCUAUAAUGCGAGCCGUUGGCCAGAAGUACUGCAUCGAUCCUGCUGUCAUUGCCGGUGUCUUGUCUAGGGAGUCUCAGGGUGGCAACAUUCUGGUCAACGUGGGCAACACAGGAGAUGGAAUCGGGGUGGUGCAGGACUCUGGCUAUGCCCCCACAUCCUUGAUCAGCGAGUCCCAGGUUUCCCAAGUGACUGAGGUUCUGACUACCAGAAUCAAAGAAAUCCAGACGAGGUUUCCAACCUGGACCCCUGACCAGUACCUGAGAGGUGGACUCUGUGCCUACAGCGGAGGUCCUGGCUAUGUCAGAAGCAGCCAGGACCUGAGCUGUGACUUCUGCAAUGAUGUCCUCGCACGAGCCAAAUACCUCAAGAGACACGGCUUCUAA